GCGGUAGAGGGGUGCGGGCGAGGCCAGGGCAGGGUGCGGAGCCUUCGAGCGGGGUCAGGGGGGGGCAGAGGCCCCGGGCUGUGCGGGGCGGGCGCCGGCUCCGCGGGGCUUGCAGCAGAGGCCUGGGCCGGCCGCUGGGCCCCUUGUCCCCGGGCUUGUUGACGACGACGUUCCCGCGGGGGCCCCGCCUGAGGAGGACGCGGCGGCGGCGGCCAGGCCGCGGGAGGCCGCGGAGGAUGGAGGAGCGGAAGGAGGAGGGCGAGGCGGAGAUUCAGGAGCACGGGCCCGAGCACUGGUUCUCCAAGUGGGAGCGACAGUGCCUGGCCGAGGCCGAGCAGGACGAGCAGCUGUCCCCCGAGCUGCAGGAGGAGGCGGCGGCCGCCGCGCAGCCCGAGCACAAGCAGCAGAAGCUGUGGCAUCUCUUCCAGAACUCGGCCACUGCCGUGGCUCAGCUCUACAAAGACCGAGUGUGUCAGCAGCCAGGACUUUCUCUCUGGGUCCCCUUCCAAAACGCAGCCACCGCGGUCACCAACCUCUACAAAGAAAGCGUGGAUACCCAUCAGCGAAGUUUUGAUAUUGGAAUUCAGAUUGGCUAUCAGCGACGCAAUAAGGAUGUGCUGGCCUGGGUUAAAAAGCGCAGAAGAACUAUUCGUAGAGAAGAUUUGAUCAGCUUCCUGUGUGGAAAGGUUCCUCCACCACGGAACUCUAGAGCUCCCCCAAGACUGACUGUAGUGUCCCCUAACCGAGCUACUUCAACGGAAACUAGCUCAUCUGUAGAGACUGAUUUGCAACCCUUCCGGGAAGCCAUAGCUCUGCAUGUAAAUCCUGGUUCUAGAAGUGUUGAAAUAGAAUGCAAGCUACAAGCAUACAUUGGCAGCCCAUCUGACUGGAAUAAAUACAGAGGUCUAGAAGUGACUGUAAGCAGCACUUGGGGACUGAGAACCUUUGGAAAGAGGAGUGAUCUGUGUGCCAUUCUUGGAAAGGAAUCUUGCAUUAGAACAACUGAGAAUUUGCUGGUCCUGAGAAUGAAACCAUGAGAGGUAGUCCUUUUUUAUUUUUUAACAUUAAUUUUUUGACAGCUUCCUAUAUGAGUACUAUAUAUAUAUCAUUUCCACCCCAUAUUAUAUGUGUUUGAGACUCACCACUUAGAAUUGAAGAUUUGAUUCUCCUUCAUUCAACAGCAAGUAGCUCUUCAUUUAGGGUUUUGUCCUUGUGAUAUUUUCCUGAUCGAUCUUGGAAUGUUAACUGGUGGUAGAUUUGUUCAGGUCUUGUUGAGAACUAGUCUUUGGUAUAUACUAAAAAAAAGUUUUUUUUUUUUUAAUUUUAUGUGAAAAGUUUCUUUAUUUUGUGUAUAUUUACUAAAAGAUGUUUGUCUUUUGAUGCUUGUUCUUACUGAGGAGCCUGUAAGUUCGGAGCUUGCUGUGUAUACCAGAUUAGCUUUGGAUUUUUAGCUAGUGAUCCUCUUGCCUUUGUCUCUCAAGUGCUGUGUUUGCAGACCUGGGGCUUCUUAGUAUACUGUGUAUCACCAAGCCCAAAGGUUCCUCAUUUGAUAUUCACCUGCUCUGUUCAUUGAUGGAGAAAGGCUAAUUUUGUUGUGGUAGAGCAGGUUAGUAAGUGAUAGGUUAUUUGGGAUCCAUCUGGCUCUAAAAUUUGUUCUCUUGCUUACUUGUCUCUAUGUAUAGUUUUAGGGUAUCUUUUUAUAUCACUCAUCUCUCCCCCCUCCCCCCUGGACUUACUUAGGUGGGUGGGAAAUAUCUUGAGAUCAUUUCAGAAAAAAUUCAAGAGACACAUUAAAAUUUUAUGUGUCUGGGAUUCUCCUAUCAGUGAAUCUGGAUAAGUGGUUUUGAAGAUGAAUGUUGGAUGGCCAGCUUCUGGUAUCCUUGACUUACUGUGGUAGGAAGAGUGCAUAAUUUUUAUGUGCAGGUCACAUACCCUUUGCAACCUUGGGCAAUGUGCUUAACAUCUAAUACCAUCUUUAUUAAAGUGAUUUCUAUGUGAUAGUAUAUGAGAACCAACUAGGUUGCUUACCUACCUACCUGACCCUCCAUGAUUCUGUCUAAAUGUUCUUGUUCUGACAGCUACAGCUUUUCUUCUUGCUUGUAGUGAAUUCCAAGUAUCACUCUACAGACUUAAUUUAAAGCUUUAUUUUUUAUUUUUGUAAAUAUCACACACACACAUACACACAUGAGUAUUUUGCCUGCAUGUAUGUCUGAGUAUUAUUUGUGUUCAUGGCCAUUGGAUUCCAUGGAACUAGAUUUACAGAUGGUUGUUAGCUACCAUACCGGUGCUGGGAGGUCAAAUUUGGGUCCUUUGGAAGAGCAGCCAUUGCUCUUAACCUCUGAGCUAUCUCUUCAACCCUGUCUUACUGUUUUUGUUUUGUGUUUUUGCCUGUUUAUUACUUGCUAAAUUCUUGAGCUUGGUUCCUGUGGACAAGCUAGAGAAGUUGGUUCUGAGUUUUCCUGUUCAAGCUAGUGCUGUUUGGGGAGCCUUAGGCUCCUUUAGAGUUGUUGUUAUGGAGAUAAGUGCUAGGGUGCAAAGUAAGAAGGCACAUAUAUUCUAGAUGUAAGGCUUGUUACCAAAACAAACUUUACUCAAUCUCAUAACUAGUAAAGCUUCACUCUAUGUCAUCUCAUAAUACAAGUGGGCUUUGUAGGUUACUAACUCUGGUCCACACUGAUUCUUAAAAAUCAAAGGUAUCUUCAUUCCAAAAAUUAUUUUCAUGACAGUCUUGACUUUCGUAAUACACUUCAACCCAUUGGGCUUAGGUGGUUCUUCUAAAAGUACAUACUGUUGCUGAUUCAGGCCUAUACAUGCAGGGUCUGGUGUCCCUUUUGGCACUUGUGGGAAUUAUUGCUCUUACUUGGCAUUUUGGUUUAAGAUAUCAUGUUCUCAAUUUUAAAUUAGUUUUGUGUUGAAAAAAGCAGUAAGAGAAGGAUUUGGACAAACUCAGACAAUGAAACCUUUAUGAUUAUGAUACAUUAUAAAAUUAAAAGAGGAACAAAUCUUUUGUUGUAAUUAUUACUGCCUUCAUUCUUUCUUUUUGGGAGACAGGGUCUCACUGUACAUACUUGGCUGACCUGGAGUUUGUUGUGUAGAACAGGAUGGUCUUGAACUUUGGACUUCAGGGAAUCUCCUGCCUUAGCCCUCCCAAUCGCUGAGAUUACAGGCAAUUUUUGUGUGUGUGUGUGUGUGUGUGUGUGUGUGUGUGUGUGUGUGUGUACGUGUAUAUAUGCAUGCUGAUGAUCAAACUCAGGGGCUUUGUGCUCUACCCUGGAGUGAUACUCCAGUCUUUGGAAAGGUACCUUUAAAAAGGAUUACUUGGUAAGUUGGGACAAGUUUCCUUAGUGUUGAAGGUUGAAACCAUUUUGGUUUGAAAACCCUUUGUUUUGUUUGUGGAUUUGUUGUGGGUUUUCUGCAGUUUAGAAUGUAUGUAUGUAUAAUGAUAUACAAGUAUGUAUGUUUGUUGUCUUUCUGUAGUUUAGCACUUCCUAUAGAUAACAUUUAUUUAGAGUGAAUAUCAGGUGUUAUUUUGUAGACAAAGGGACAGGUGACUAUAAAAAUGAUUAACCUCAAGGAAUGUCUGAUCUGGCAAAAUUAACACCAUCCUGAAACAUAAGCCUAGGGGAAUCAGUCUGAGGUACAGUGUGUGUUUGUUCAUUUGACUGGUAGGGGCUAAAAAUCUGAGCCUUGUGAUAUUUACUUCAUUUUCUUUGUUCUGAAUGAACUCUGGGCUUUCUUGUAUGUACUAAGCUCCAUCCUUGGUCGCUCCUAGGCUCUAGAGAAUCUAGGUAGGGCUUGUAAGAAAAGGCAGUCAUAGGAAUUUCAAUUUAGUUAUAUAAAGUGUGACAAAAAUUUUUACCUAGAAUUCCUGAUUCCUCACACAUGAAGCAUUAAGAACCCCAAAAGGAAAGGGGUUUUAGGCAUCAUGAACCAGCAGUUUUCUUCUCACUACAGACUCAGAGUGGUUAUUUUGGAACAUUCUUGGACUUAUAUGUGGCAGACUGCUUUUUAAAGAGAGAAAUAACUGCAUUUAGGAGAUCUGUGAUAAAUAGGACACAUGACAGUACCUGGAAGAACUCACUUUGGUUUUCUGCCUUUCAUUCUACCAUCCCUUCUGAUGCUUCAGCAAUAACAAGAGAACUUUUAUCCUGAGAGCUAACACAGAUGCUUAAAAGUUAUUAAAGCGAAGAGAUAGUAUAGAAGAAACUGCAUUUUUUUUUUUUUUUAAAUGGCAGAGGACUGGCUAGGACCAACCUUUUGAGAGUUUGUUGCUGUCUGCUCAUCUUUCACGGCCCACAAGCGAACCUCUCCCCCCUUUUUUACUCUGAGGAGAAACAAUCCUGGUGUGUGGAAUAUUGUAGUGCUUGUAGAAUAUUGUGGCCAGGUGCAUCCUGUUGAUAGAUUUUCAGCAGAUGGUUUAAAAAACAUCCUUGGAGCUUGUGUAAGAGAUUUUGGCACCAAAGCAGUCUCUUAAUCACUUACAUUUGAUUUUUUUUUUUUGUUUUUGUUUUUUGUUUUUUUCUGAGACAGGGUUUCUCUGUAGUGUUGGAGCUUGUUCUGGGACUCUCUGUAGACCAGGCUGGCCUCAAACUCACAGAGAUCCGCCUAUCUCUGCCUCCUGAGUGCUGGGGUUAAAGGUGUGCGCCACCACCGGCUGGCUUUCUAUUUUCUUUUUUGUUUUUUUGGAGACAGGGUUUCUCUGUAACAGUCCUGGCUGUCCUGGAACUCACUCUGUUGACUAGGCUGGCCUUGAACUCACAGUGAUCCACCUGCUUCUGCCUCCAGAUUUCUGGGAUUAAUGGUGUGCACUACAAAUGCCUAGAAGGAACUUUUAUAAUCACUCUUUCCUCAGACCAGAAUCCAAGACCAAUAAAAUUAUAGCAGGGCACUUAUAAUCACAUUAAUUUCAGAUGAAAAGUUGAUAUUUUAUGUACAUUAAGGAUAUUAAAUAACCAAAGGUAUUGGGGAUAGACUAGGUAUUCAAUAUUAAUAAAACAGAAUUUUCUUGGACUUGUAAUAACAUUGUGUUAGAUAUUGUAGUGGAAAAAUUAAAAGGCUAUGAGAUCUCAAAGCCAGUUUAAUUACCCUAGUACCUAUUGAGUAAUCUGUUGGUAGCUAUUAAACAGUUGAAUUAUCUGAGUUUCAUUUUGGAAAAUUCCCCCAAAGCAAAAAGGUUUAUUUACUAUCUUGUAAUUUCACUCUAUAAAAACAAGUACAGCCAAAUGAUUAAUUUUUCUAGUCUUUUUUCAAUGUAUAAAUAUUAUUUCACAGUUGAGAUCAUAUUGCAAAUAUGGUACUGUAUCUUACAUUUCUCACUUAACGUCGUGAACCUUAUUUCCUGUGGCAUUAAAAACUGUCUUUCAAAAAUGAUGUCUUUGAUAAAUGGAAAGCAUUUUGGGCUGUCAGUAUAACUGAAAAUGUUUUCUUGGUGUGACACAUGUACCUUUGUAAUUGGCUUGAUUUAGUGUGCUUUACUUCAAUAAAAAUUCAGUAUUACAAUUUACAGAUUGGGGUGGGGAGUGGUAUCUACUUUUAAAUGACCAGAACCUUCCUGUAGUAUGGUUAUUUUUUUCAGUGAUUGAACUCUUAAAACACUAGAUGACAUUGACACCGCAUGUGCCUGCACCUCACUCAGCACAUUGCACAGGAGCACUCACACUUGAGUGUACAAUUCAUUUCAAAGGAAUAGAAUGCCAACUUUUUAGGGCUCUCAGGCAGGUUGAUACCACUUUAAAUUCCGAGGGAUUUAGGCCCCCACUCCUUUUCCCCAGAUAAUGUUGGUUUGAGCAGUCUGCCGAGGGACCCGAACCUGUCGUUCGCCAUUAUCUUGUGCACCCCUAGGGCUGGUGCUGAAAGUUAGGAGAGCAUAGAUGGCAGCCUCAGUUGGGCUGUGAGGUUUUCUGAGUCGGGAUUUGUUCUUUCUCUGUGACUUAAUGCUGGUAAACGGGAGUUUUAUGUAAUCGAUUAUGCAACAGCAUUUUCAUAUUACAGUAUGAAAUGAUGAAAUGGUUUGAAAAUAAUAGUGAUGUGCUAUUUUUAAUGAUUUCCAUGUAAUCUGGAUUUCUAUAACCUGGACUGUAAACUUGUUUCCACACCACUGGGAGUUUUCAACAAAUGAUUAAAUCAUCCUAAGGUUUUUUUUUUUUAAUUACUAUAUUGCUCAUUUCAAAUGGAUGCAGAAACAUUAAAGCAUGAGUUUGUUAUCUUAUGUUAAAUAAUUGAGACUUCUGUCUAAUGCUACCUAUUCUGCUUCUGUCAAAUGAUAUUUUCAUAGUCCGCUUGAAAAACACAUUUUUAGUAGAAAUUAAGCUGUAUGUCCUAAGGACGUACAACUUAGUUUUUAGUUGUGAAGCAUGUUUAGAUUUUCUGUACUUGUGUGGGCUGAUUGUGUUCAUGUGGCAGAGCAAGAUUUCUGAAGUGGCUUCAUUAGCUGUCACUGGUUUUCAAAAUAAAAUUUGGGCUGUUUAAAAUUGCUUUUCCCCCUC